AUUCUUCACGUUCUGAUCCCUCAAAUCCAUUUCUUAGUUCUUUGCUUUUGCUCAGUGAGCUUCCAGUUGUAUUCAUGGACUUACCGGAGAAGCUUUUCUUUGCAGCAUUUCUCAUUCUUUCAGUGGCCAUUGAUGGAACGCAGGCAGACACCAUGGUCACUGGCACUGUCUUCUGUGACCAAUGCAAAGACGGACAGAGAUCCCUUUUCGAUUAUCCUAUUAAUGGUGCAAAAGUAACUCUGUCCUGUGCUGACAGUAAUGGACAAAUUACAAUGUCAAGAGAAGAAACAACAAACUGGUUUGGAAGCUAUACAAUGAGGUUCGAUGGCGCACCCGACUUGAGUGGUUGUUCUGCCCAUGUCUCGGGCAGUGGUCAAGGGUCAACGGGUUGUGGUGAAGUGGCUGGUCCUUCACAAAAUCCAAAACUCAUGUUUAGGAUGUUUGACAUGGAGAUGUAUACAGUGGAUUCUCUCCUUGCUCAGCCUGCACAACCCAUGCAGUACUGUUCUACAUCUUCCAACCCAGUCCCAGCACCAGACACACCAACCAAGCCUCCACCACAUUUCAAUCUACCUCCAGUACCAGGAUUUCCGCCAUUGCCGCCAUUGCCACCCCUGCCACCCCUGCCAUCACUACCACCCCUGCCAUCAUUGCCUCCCCUGCCAUCACUGCCUCCUCUGCCACCAGUGAUUUUUGCAGAAGCUUCAGCAUGUCCGUCAGAGAAGUGGACACUGCCAGAAUACAAAUGCUACUGGAGGGGUGUGAACGGGGACACAAAAGUAGCAGUGGCAUUUGGAAUGGUUGCGGCGAGGAGAUACGGAACAGACAUUACACUGUGGCAUGGGUUGAAAGGGAGAGGAGACCCUUACAGGACUCUUCUCAGAGAAGGGAUCACAGCACUUCUUAACUCCUAUAACAGCUUUCAAUUUUCUUAUCAUCCACUCGGCGUCGUCCAACACAUGAAUUUGGCUUUGAUGGGCUCCACUAGGAGUGUCCUGCUUACUGCUCUACGCUUCAAGAGGGCCAAUUCUGGUGCUGGAAAUGUCACCUGCAAAUUCACCACUUGCAAAUAAUUACUAAUUUAUAGGCUUCUUCCUUUAUAUCUAGCACGUUUAAUUAGAAAGGAUUAUUUUGGGGGAAAUAAUCCCAUUAAAAAUGCACAAUAGAAAAUUGAAUAUUCUUGUAUAAGUUUUUGUCUUUAUCUUUCUUCUAUAUAUAAUAUAUGGAGGUUUUGCGUGGUAUGGUUUUUUACCUU